GUUUCGUCCGCGGCCUCCGCUCUUCUGGCUCGCCAGUCACCGGCGUCGUAUUCGCGCGAUUAGUGUCUGCCGUGUACGGACGGAGCGCGUCGGAUUCCUCUCGCGGCUCGGGAUAUUAUUUUCGCAGGAACGCGCGUCGCGGAAUCGCUGCGUGUGAUAGCCGAUUGUUGUUCUUCGGACGUUUGAUUUUUGCUGAGGUUGUGGUCGACGUUUUGCCGUCGAGAAGAAAUACCGCCGUCGAAACGAUAUUAUCGUUUGAUACAUUUAUAGCGUUAAACAAUACGUUUGCAACGAGCACGACACGCCGUUUUUCCCACCGGACUCGAUAACUAGUCGAAACGAUGUGAGAAUUUUCUUCGUUUAAAGACGUCAAACAGUGGCAAAUGUUAUGUGCGGUGUUCGAAUUUUUUUCUGGCUAUUUGCCUUGCAACAUUGGGCGGGAGCCAGCGAGUUUCCCGAUCGGGAGUGUUGCGAUCUUCCUUCGCCGCCUUCCACUACUUUAAAUCCACCCACGGAGGCCAUCGUUACCGUCAAAAGCGGUCCCAAUACUAAAACAACAGUAGCAAUCUUGAACUGCCUUCUAGCCAGGCAAUUUUGUUUCGAAGACGCUUCUUGUUCAGCCAUAUUGGAAAUUAUUCCCAGAGUUUGCGGUCCUGAAGUCGUUGCAUGUUCAACCGUGACCGUAACGAAAUGCCAGGCCGCCCUUCGGACUCUGCAGGCGUUUCCGUUCUUCAAACCCACGUGCCUCUGUCGAGAGCCCCACGUGGAUCCAGAGUGCAAUUCCUUCAGGGACUUCCUCUUCGAUCAUCCGUGCGUUUUCGUCAUGAAAAAAGAGAAAGAUCCUUAUCCUGUGGACGCAUUGCCAACUUGUAAUCACGCCCUUUCAGUUUGCCAACAAGAGCACAAGUGCAUUAAAUUAUACGAGGAUUUCAAAGCCAAUUGCAAAGUCAGAGACAACCGCUGCCGCAUGGACGACAGGGAUCAGUGCUAUCAGGCGUGGACGAAUCUCAGAAAAUCUCCCAUGUUCGGUUGCAUUUGCCCCAACAAUCAAAUGAAAAAACGAUGCGAUAGGAUAUUUAGUAUGGUCAAUCAUAAUCCCUGCGUAGAUAGUGUAAGCGGCACAGGCACGGGCACCUUCACAGGCUCGAGCACCUACACAGGCUACAGCACGGCCGUAGAUUCGAACCUUGGCACAAACGCAAGCGUAGUCGGCACUGAGUUUGACUCUCACUCGGUAGGAGGAUCUCUCGACACGUCCGAGCAGGCUUCUUCGGAGAUCCACGGCGAAUCAGAAUCGGAUAUCGAUGCUUCGUCGGACAAUACGUCCGCUGCGGCUGGUGCCACGUCAUAUGACGACGACCUAGGCAUCGGCUUGGUCGAAAACCCGCUGGUUGACGCGGUCAACGGUCAAGAGGCUCACGCUGGCUACGACCACAUAAGCGUGAGCGUCUUAAAGAACAAAGAACGCACGUCGUCGCUCAGUAGGAAAUAUCCGGAAGAGGCCGAAUAUGGCGGUGUUGACAACAACAUAUACCAACAAAAGUCGCCAAGUCCGGAGGAUUACAACGAAGUCGAGAAAAUUGUGUUUCAAAGCACAUGUCAUACUGCCCUGACGAGUUGCAACAACGUCUACAAGUGUCGCAUGCUUUUGAAUCCCGUGUUACACCAUUGCGACAUGUCGCGCUGCAACAGAAACUCCUGCAUGGAAGCGUUGCAGAAGUUCUACGGCAAGCCGGAUUUUCCUUGGAAUGUGGAAAUUGCCUUUUGUCUUUGCAAAAAAACGGAUAACAAAGAAGACGCCUGCCUGAUCGCCCAAGAAAAACUCCACCCGGUAUGCGCCCAAAGGACGGAGGAGGUGCCGCCUCCUUCUUGCUUACAUCUGGCGGAAGUUUGCCGGGAGAACAAUGAGUGCAGAUCGAAAUUGGAAUACUACGAGCAAUCGUGUGCCGUGGACGCCGUGACGAAGAAAUGCGCCGGAUCGCCGACGGAAUGCCGAUCGGCUAUUUUGGGCAUUUUGGGAACGGACCUGAGGACGACGUGCGCCUGCAAAGGCACCGACAUGACCCAAUUGUACGAGUGUCUCGGCUGGCAGCGCCUUUUGUGGGUCAAUCCUUGCGUAGUGGAGUCGCAAAAACAAUACCACAUGGCCAGAGCCCUGGAGCAGGCAACGCACUCUCCACCGCCGACAUCGACAGCACCAUCUCCGCUGAUCCGCCAUCGGCCAACUUCCACCCAUCACCAUUCCCCGCAGGUCAUCAUCCAGGCCACAGAAGCCUCCUUGCAAACCCGAGUGAACACCAUCGCAGAGUUCAUUCCUCCCCCGCAACCCUUCGUUCCCACCAGCACCUCUACCACCACAACCACCACCACCACCACCACGACUACCAAACCGACCACCAGAAGGAGAACUACUACUACAACUACCACGUUACCUCCAAGAUCUUGCGUUGUGCAAAGGCCGCAGUUUCCUAAUCAUUUCAUACGUGAGGGGUCGUUUAAAAGGAUUUACCACGAGGACGAAUUCGAAUGCUCGGACGUGUGCGAAUGCGAAGUAGGGGAGAAAUUAACGUGCAGGACUAUUUGCAUCGACAGGAUGCCUUGUAAGACAGAAUUCGCGUAUUACAAUCAUGCUGCGCCAGCGUUUCAAGCAUUCAGGGGUAGAUGUUUAUGCUAUUCGGGAAGAUUCAUAUGCAUGAAGCCCAUGCCGAACGAUUACACAUUGCCUCAAGGAGUUUUCCUCUUUUUGGGUUACAGCGAAGUGGAUGAGAGGGAGCUGAACAAAAAUCACAGCGUGAUCGUCGUACAGGAUAUAGUUAGGGUGCUGCAGAAUAUUAUCGAAGAGGAAGCUGUUAAUGGGACCCUUUGUACGCUGGAGUUUUUCAAUGCGACAAAAGAAAACGUCAUAAUUGCGGGCAAGCUCUCCGAGGAGAUCGACUACACCAAAUUGUCCCCGCCGGAAAUCCUCGCAAAGGAGAAGGAGGAAUGCGUGGAUUUGCUGGAAAUGGUCAGCGACAGAAUAAACUCGAAGAGUCCGGAUUUCGUCUCGCAUUUGCUGCUUUCCAUCUUCAAAAUGGCAGAAGUGGAGAUCAUACCGAUAGAAGUGAAGUCCUGUUCGACGAGAUGUUUCAACAGGAUGCAAGUGCUGGUGAUCUCGAUGGUUUUAUUGAAACUAGUUCAAUACAUCCAAUCGACGCCAUCGUGACAACGAGACUGAAUACGCUAAAUUAAAAUUUACAAGAAAUAUAUACAUAUCAUAUAAAUAUGUAAGUUAAAUCCGUAUAGAUAUCGAUGAGAAACAUAGUGAUGUUGGCCGGUUAAAUGUUCAAAAAGUUUUCCAUUCUGCUCGAUCAAAAACUGAAGAGAGUUCGUGUAUAAAAAUUUAUACAAAAUAUACUUUUUAUCAUGCAGCAAAUAAAAAAAUAUAGGAGCAUUACAAUUUACAAUUUUCCUCGAAUGUUUGCAAGCGUUAAAAUUUCAUAGAGUGGCCGAUAAAUUCGAAUUUAAUUUAAAUUUAACUACUCUAUCCCAUUUCACCACUGCCAAUGUUUACUAGAGUAGUGCCAAAUAAAACCGCUGUAAAAACAUAUUUAUUUAUUCUUGCGAUUUGUUCCAGAAUUUUCAGAUUUUGAUCGAAGUCGCGCUGAAUUUAUACAGUGCGAGCCAAAAGGUCUCCACCAUUUUGAAUGGAAUGGAAAUAGAAGGGAAGUAAUUUUAUUACUUUCAGGAGAAACUGAUGUUAAGUACCUACUCGAAAAUUUUACGAUGCACUGCAUGAUUGAAAGUAAAAUUCAAUGAAUAUUUCAUUCAUUCAACAUUUAUUGAGGUUUCCAUUCAAUUUUAUCGCUCUCUUAAGGGAAGAUAAGAAAUGAUUGAGAUGUGAUUUUUGGCUUGUAUGGAAAAUGAAUCCUUAUUUUCUUAAUAUUGAUAUCGUGAACAUUUAAUUGUAGUUUCAUUAUGUUUUUCAAAAAUCUCUGACAAUUACUAUAAACUAAUGAGUAAGGUGGUACCGAGUGUUCUAUAAGAACUAAAUAAAUUUAUAGUUUUUAUAAAAUUCUGUCUGGUGAAAGCAGCUCUUUGUUUUGUAAAAAUAAUCGAAUUAUCUCACUGAGGUAUUACCUUACGAUUAAAUCACUUUGUACAUAUCAUUGUUGACUAUUAUUGUUACUGUUAAGAAAAAACUAGACUAAAUUAGUCAUGAACUGUCGUUUUUUGUAUAAGGCAUUGCUCAGAAUCUUUAGAUACGAAUUGUCCAUUUAUGGAUCAACUGUUUAUAACUUAUUACCUAUUUUUUGACUAUCUAGUCGAGUGGUGUACUGUAUCAUUUUGUAACCGCUUUUGAUGUAGACCGAACAAAUCGAUCCGGUCCUGCCGAUUUCCGCGCUAAUUUGUUCACGUUUCGACUUCAUUUUAGCACUAAAUUUAGCGCGGAAUUCAGCCGAACCCGUAUACUGACAAGCCGAUUUAGAUCAGGAAAAGUCUUCCUAAAAUGUGAGUUUUUGACAUCAAACAUUUUGUCUGAUUGCAAAUUAACAAUUCACUACUUUUACCCAGUAAUUUUCUUGCUUUAUAAUAAUAAUAAUCUACUACUUUAUUAAAGAUUCCUCGGAGAAUUAUAAAUGUAAUAAUUUAUUUUCGUUCGUUAUUAGAAUUGGAAAUUAAUUUUUUAGUGAAAGAAAAUUUUUAAUUUGCGAACAGACUUCUCUACACUAAAAUUAAAAUUGGAGCAAAUGUAAUCCAACGCUUAAUUAUUAAAAGAAAUGUCAAGGCUUACGUGUGUAACUCAUACAUAUCAUAUUUAGCUUUAAAUUUAAGGGAAAAACGUUAUUGUUUCAUUAGAUGAGUUGGUUGUAUUUUGGCCAGUGGCGUAACGUAGGGAACGUUGAAAACCAACCCGUUACGCCCAUGGGUUUGCGUAGUUUUAGUUUACGUUUUGAUGUAAUGGUCGAUUAGAUCAGUGUUUUUGAAUGAAAUCGGAAAAAUCAUACUUUCUACAUAUCUCUAGAACUAGAGCAAUAUUUGAGCGAUAUUUUAUAGUUUUUAUAAAGUCCACGAAAUUUACGAGAAUGUUAUCGUUUUACUAAUUUUUAAAUAAAUUAUUAUACAACUUUAUUGUAUUAAAAUUAUGAUUAAUUACGAACGUGGACGUAUCGAAAUUAUGGAAAAAUUAUGGUACAUUUUAGAAAUUUUUACGAAGAAAUAUUUUCUUACAAAAAAGGUUUCCGAAGGAACUCUUUGUUUUAAAAAUGAAGAGCGUUUUUAACGAAAAAGCUACAUAAAUUGUAUGUGUAUAAAAAAUUAUUAAAAACCGAGAAUCCCCUUGUCGCAUAAACAUAACAAUUUCACAGGAUUUGAACCAUCUUUUAAACGUUUUAUAUUAUCAUUUUUUUUAUAAAUAGAAAAUUUAGAUUCUAAUGUGCAUAAAGUCUAAAAAGCAUUAUACAAUUUUUGUUAUUUAAUUAAUCAAAACUGAGACCUAUUUGUAAUAUGUUAAUUAUCCUGUCAGGCUGUCUGGUCCAUUGUUUUGAAUGAUUGAGUAAUUAAUUAAAGCAUGAAGAUUAUAAAUACUCGUAUGCAUUUGCUAACGCUUCUUAACUGAAAAUACAGUGUGUCAUUCAUUCCCAAUUAUUUAAGUGACGCGCAAAUUUAUUUGCAAUUUGUUUUCUCUUCUAACAGAAGGUAAUUUUGUAUUAAUAAAUUUUCAAAAAAGUACGUUUUAAAACGGUUCAUAUUCUCGUGAAAACGCACAAUAAGUCGUUAAACUAUGUGUUGUAGAUGAUAUUAUACAUUCAUAUACGAAGAAAUAAAUUGUACACUAGACCAUUUAGCACUGUCAUUUAUUAAAAUAUAGUCAGUAGAUUAACCGAAAAGCUUAAAUUGAGUCUAGUAUACAGGGUGGUAAAGAAAACUUCAAAAACAGACUACACAAAUGAAGAAAUAAGGAAUAUUACCUGUAAAUAAUAAUCACUAGUCAAAAUAUUUAUUAUUAAUUAUGUUCAAGUCAAGUGCAUGAUCAAUCGAGGUUAAUAAUAAAUUAUUUUUGUUAGAAAAUGCAAAAUUACCAUAAUAAGCGAAUAUAAAUUGCAAUUUGUAGAUAAUUUAAUAACGACUGCAAUUUUUAUAAAAUCAUUUUACAUAAAAUGAUUCCAAACAAGUUAAAUAGGAAUUUAUUACUUGCUAUUUUAACGAUUUAAUGAAAGUAUUCCGAAAAUAUAGAAGCUUUUCUUUACCACACUCUGUAUAGGUGUAGUUUAAAUUGAGCUUUAACUUGAACUUAGUAUUGUGUACGUACUAAAAACGCAAAAAUAGCUUCUAGCACCCUAGUCACCAAUCCGCCCUUAACGAUUGUACAUACAUUUCGAUUUUAUAGUUAUGUUGACAUUGCCCAAUGAGUCAGUGAUACUAUUUUAAGUUUAUAGUUUAAUUUUGGUAAUAAAAAAAUUCAAAAAUCCAUUAUCGUUUUAAUUACAUCCCCUACAAAUUAAC